GUCACCGCCAUGCUGGUAAUUCAAAAACCCUAAUUUCUCUUAUCCCUUCAGUCAGCCGCUGAGACGCGAACAGAGAGAGAGACCCGAAGCCAGAUUUCAAGAUGAAGUUCAACAUUGCGAAUCCUACCACCGGUUGUCAGAAGAAGCUGGAGAUCGAUGACGACCAGAAGCUACGAGCAUUUUGGGACAAGAGGAUCUCACAAGAGGUUGUUGGUGAUGCUCUGGGUGAGGAAUUCAAAGGUUAUGUCUUCAAAAUCACCGGAGGUUGUGACAAACAAGGAUUUCCAAUGAAGCAAGGAGUGUUGACCCCUGGCCGGGUUCGCCUCUUGCUGCAUAGAGGAACUCCCUGUUUCCGUGGAUACGGAAGGCGCAAUGGAGAGCGCAGGAGGAAGUCUGUUCGUGGGUGCAUUGUCAGCCCAGACCUCUCUGUUCUGAACUUGGUAAUUGUAAAGAAGGGUGAUAAUGAUUUACCAGGCCUGACAGAUGUGGAAAAGCCAAGGAUGAGGGGUCCAAAAAGAGCAUCCAAAAUUCGCAAGCUGUUCAAUUUGUCUAAGGAGGAUGAUGUGAGGAAAUAUGUCAACACAUAUCGCAGAACUUUUACAACUAAAAAUGGGAAAAAGGUAAGCAAAGCUCCAAAGAUACAACGACUGGUCACUCCCCUGACCCUCCAAAGAAAGAGGGCAAGAAUUGCUGAUAAGAAGAAGAGAAUUGCGAAAGCAAAAUCAGAGGCAGCAGAGUACCAGAAACUUCUUGCCUCAAGAUUGAAGGAGCAGAGGGACCGCCGCAGUGAGAGCUUGGCUAAGAGAAGAUCAAGGCUUUCAAGUGCUACUAAACAAGCUGCCACAGCAUAAGCUGCUUUCAGACAGAUCAAGUUUAAUCUUUGUUCUAGUUUUUGGUAGUCUUAUUUCAUGAUCCUUUUGUUUUGAUAUUUUGCUAUUCAAAUACUUUAAAUUAUUCCUUUUAUGUUGUGUUCGACAGUUUAAUGGAAUUUAAGUUUUUGCCUUGUUGAAAUUAGUGACCUUUUGUAGUUGAUAUUUAUAGAUCGACAUAUGUUUUUUAUCUA